GAUCCUGCAUUUCUAUUUCCGCAGAUUGUAAUCUACGAAUUGCUGCCAGAAAGCCAAAUUCCGGGGGAGAAAAACAGAAGAAAGUCAUGUUAAUAAAGUGAACAAUGCGCCUUGGAGAUGAUAAAUCCUAGACAUACCAUGCAUUACGAAAUAUUUGUGCAGUGAUUUUUCAAUGUAAUCAACGUUAAUUUGAGCAGCUUUUUGCAAACGAAAAUGAGUAAAAUCGUGAGUAGAGAAGCCAUUUUAAGAGUUUUGAGGUUGCUUAGUGAAACACAAUGUAGUUGCCCAGCACAUUCUCAAGCAUUUACUCACCAUGGACAUCGCCAUGCUUCCGUACCAUCGGCUGAGGUGCAACAAAAUAAGGAAUAUGCAUUCGAGAUGGCAUCAUCCAGUAUCAGAUAUGGUGCAGGGGUAACACAAGAAGUCGGCAUGGAUUUCAAGAACUUGGGAGCAAAAAAUGUUUGUGUUAUUACUGACAAAAAGUUGAGUCAGCUUCCUCCUGUAUUUCAAGCUCUGGACUCCUUGUGUCUUAAUGGUGUAAAACAUGAUGUUUUUGACAACAUCAGGAUUGAACCAACUGACAAAAGUUUCCAGGAAGCCAUUGAUUUUGCAAAGAAUGGAGAUUUUGACAGUUUUCUUGCAGUAGGAGGCGGCUCUGUCAUGGAUACAGCAAAAGCUGCAAACCUUUACUCAAGCUGUCCGGAGAAUGAAUUCUUGGACUUUGUUAAUGCACCAAUUGGGAAAGGUCUGCCUGUCACCAAGCAACUUAAGCCACUGAUUGCAAUUCCAACCACCGCUGGAACAGGCAGUGAAACAACUGGUGUGUCCAUCUUUGAUUACGAACCUUUGAAAGCCAAAACAGGGAUUGCUAAUCGUGCUAUUCGUCCUACGAUGGGUAUUGUCGACCCACUCCACACUCUGUUUAUGCCAGAGAGAGUCGCUGCGAACAGUGGUUUUGAUGUGUUGUGUCAUGCUCUAGAAUCCUACACAGCUAUUCCUUACAAUGAGAGAAGCCCACGUCCUGAAAACCCAAAUCUUCGACCAGCUUACCAAGGAAGUAACCCCAUCAGUGAUAUAUGGUCAUUGCAUGCAUUGAGAACAGUCAAUAAAUAUAUGAAGAGAGCAGUAAAAGAUGCAAACGACAUUGAGGCCAGAUCUCAGAUGCAUUUAGCAAGUGUGUUUGCUGGCAUUGGCUUUGGAAAUGCUGGUGUUCAUUUAUGCCAUGGAAUGUCUUAUGCCAUUUCUGGACUGGUGAAAUCUUACCACGCUGCAGAUUAUGAAACAAAGUAUCCAAUCAUUCCACAUGGACUGUCCGUCGUUCUUUCAGCUCCAGCUGUUUUUUCUUUCACAUCAGCCGCCUGUCCAGAACGACAUCUUACUGCUGCAGAAGCAUUAGGUGCAGAUACAAGAGGUGUCCACAAAGAUGAUGCUGGUAGAUUGUUAUCAGAUCACCUCAUGCAGUUCAUGUAUGACCUUGGUGUUGAUGAUGGGUUAAAUGCUGUUGGUUAUACCACCGAUGAUGUUGGCGAUCUGGUCAGAGGCACAGUACCUCAACACAGAGUGACAAAACUUGCCCCUGCUGGUGCUCCUGGGGAAGAAGAACUUGCCAAACUCUUUGAAGCAUCAAUGAAAAUUUACUAACUCACAAACAAAGGUAUUAUUUGAUUUUAUUGUGAUUUUUUAUUGAUCAUAUGGGGGGAAUCAAUUAAAACCAAUCAAAUAGAACAAUUAAGAAUUCCGCUAAAAUUGACUCGUGUGAAUUUGUGUGAUAAAAACACAAGUAAAUAAAUACAUGGAAUGUACCCUUUUAGUCACAACA